AUGGCCGUGUCACCAUUUGCUUCUCGCUCUCCGUCGGUGGCAGUAUCAUCACCAAACACAGCAAUCAGAUUGAGAGCUGCUGCAGCUCAAAACUCUGCUAAUGAGCCAGCCCCUUCAGCCAAGCCACUCCAAGCAGACCAAGAACUUACAGAGCAGCUCAACGAGGACGUGCGACAGAAAUACAUCAAAGGUGGCUUCCCUCCCUUCUUCCUAGGUGAAGGUACAUAUGCUAUCGUGUACCUGGGCCACCUUCGCGACGAUCCCUCAUCCUUCGUGGCAAUCAAAAAGAUCAAGGUCAAUGCCGAAUACAAAGAUGGACUCACCAUGGACGCGAUUCGAGAAGUGAAGUACCUCCAAGAGUUGUCUCAUCCCAACGUCAUUGCGCUUCAUGAUGUGUUCUCGUCCAAAGACCAAAACCUCAACCUCGUCCUCGAGUUCCUCCCGCGCGGGGAUCUGGAGAUGCUCAUUAAAGAUGGGGACAUCCACUACGGUGCCGCCGAUGUCAAGGCCUGGAUGGGCAUGCUUGCCCGGGGGGUGUGGUUCUGCCAUGAGAACUUUGUGCUCCAUCGGGAUAUCAAGCCCAAUAACUUGCUGAUUGCAGCCGACGGCGAGGUCAAGCUGGCCGACUUUGGUCUGGCCCGAUCCUUUGCGGAUCCCUACCUCAACAUGACCCACCAGGUGAUUACUCGGUGGUAUCGUCCGCCGGAACUCCUCUAUGGUGCCCGGCAAUACUCUGGCGCAGUGGAUGUAUGGUCCAUGGGGAUGGUGUUCGCCGAGCUGCUGCUGCGGGUUCCCUUUGUGGCCGGGAACACCGACCUGGAUCAAAUCUCCAAGAUCUGCGAAGCCUUUGGUACUCCGACAGAGGAGAAUUGGCCGGGGGUUACCAAGUUGCCCAACUACAUUCCCUCAGACCGAAACCACCUGGUCCCACUGCAGGGCCGAGAAUUCUUUCAACGACAGUUCCCCACCGCUGGCCCGGUGGGUGCCGAUUUGCUCAUGUCCAUGUGUACGCUGGAUCCCAGAAAACGAAAUACGGCCCUCCAGGUCCUCCGACACCACUGGUGGACGGCUGAGCCACGGCCCACGAACCCCGAAGAUCUUCCUCGCAAGUCUGGAGGGACUCAGAAGAUGGGCGAUGACCUCAGCCGACGUGGUGGUGAAAUGGACGAUGGUCCAUUCAAAAAUGCAGCCCGACAAUUGGAUUUUGGGAAAUAA